UAUACAACUAUCACUAUAGUAACAUUGUGCUUGAGAAAGAUAACCAAUAAGUCAAUGAUAAUAAUACUUUAUUAAGUUGCAUGUACACGAAAAUCUAAAAUAGCAUUUUCACAUCAAUCUCAUGAUUUUGCAUGUGCAUCUCCAGUAUUGAGCAUACUUUAUUUAUUGGUACUAAGCUGCAGCUGUAUAGUCAAGUAAUUUAAGAUAUUAUUACUAAUGAGUGAGUAGUAAGUGGAAAUAUGCAUGACUAACCUUAUUAAUGUCAUCACAAGAAGCACAAUUAUAGUUUACUAUGUACUUUAAACAAGUUAUGCACACAUUAAUAAUAAAGUGUCUUGCAGAGACCUCACACACAUCUGUUGAGCUAUAGUAAGCAUAAACUCAUGCAGCCUCUUAAUUUUUUACACUAUAUUUUUAGCCUGGUUCUCAAGAUCAAGGUUACCAAAUUAAAUAAUUAACUUCCCUUGUAAUAUUAAAAAACAUAUUCACCUCAACUAUGGGCAAAAGGAGGGUAGCUUCUAUGGAAAAGGUUACAUCAACACAAGAUAUUUAAAUUUUCGUAUAACAAAAAGAAUUAUUUUUAUCUUAUUCAUAGGACAUGUGUAUUAAUGUUUUAAGCUAGUAUGUUGAGUUUGUUACAAAUAAAGAUCUUCAGCAUGUAAAAAAGAGCAACAUCUUGAAACUCAGCCUUUGCUACAUAAUUUGUGUAGCUCUUAAUAGAUAAAUACAGCUAAUUAACUAUUCUAACUUUACUCUAGACAGGAUGUUAUUGCAUCUGUUGCUAUAUAAAGCAGUAUAGAUCUAUAAAAUAGUCUAUCCUUGGCACAACUUAUCUGCACGGUGCAGUUAUGAUUAGGCUAGCUCUGCUUGUCCUUUUGCUUGUAACUGUUAACUGUAGCCCAAGUAAAGUUUUAAUGUAUUGCAACUUAGAUAUCAUUCAUGUUCUUUAUAUUAUAAGCUAAACGCAGCUGGAGUGGCCCUGGGCCAGACAAAAAUGAUGACCAUCCGUUAGGGCCAUUAGCAGUCAAGCCAGAAGACAAGGAAGAAAGCAAUCUAGACCUUGGUGAAGAACAUACUCAAGACAAAAAGGAUGACCAAGAUGAUGACAAGAAUGACAAAAAUACCAAUAACCAAGAUGACCAUGAAGAUAAUGAUGAAGAUGACAAAAACAUUAACAAAGAUAAAGGUGAUGAAAAGUAUAACUUUAAGACUGAGAUAACAGAAUUGACAGAGGAAGUUUCACAAGUACCAGCUAAUUUAAGUGGAGAGUAUAGUAGUGGUGAAGAUAUUUUAGAGGGAGAUAUCAAAAUGACUCCAGAGCAGGCUGCAGUAUUCAAGCGUAGUGGGUGGGAUGGGUUGGUCAGUUCUGAAGCCUGGCUUCGUGGUCACGGCAAAUGGUCAAGGACUAUUCCAUACACAAUUAAUGGAGUUGCUACAAGGGAAAUAAAUGCCUUAAACAAUUCAAUUCGAAUUUUCGAUGAACACACUUGUUUAAGAUUUAUUCCAAAGCAAGACUAUAAUAAUGAUUACAUCGAAUUUGUCAGUGAAGGAGGUUGCUGGUCCUAUGUUGGUAAACUAAAUAAUGCUAGUCCUCAGCGAAUCUCAUUAUCUAGUGGUUGCCAUCUUGCAAUCCCUAUUCAUGAGAUAAUGCAUGCACUUGGGAGAUAUCAUGAACAAUCACGAGCUGACAGGGACACUUAUGUCAGAAUAAUAACUAGCAAUAUAAGAAGUGGACGUGAAAGUAAUUUUAACAAACAAACUAAUUCUGACAGUCAAUCUCUACCAUAUGAUUAUCUUUCAUUGAUGCAUUAUAGUAGAUAUGCUUUCAGUAAAAAUGGUCGUCCUACAAUUAUACCAAUACCUGAUGCAAGCGUCACCAUUGGCCAGAGUAACAGGAUGUCAUUAUAUGAUAUACAGCAUGUCAAUAUUCGAUACUGCCCAGAAAGAGCACUUCGAUUAGUUGGAGGAAAUGGAUCAUAUGAAGGAAGGGUUGAAGUGUACUGGGAUGAACGGUGGGGAACUGUCUGUGAUGAUUAUUUUGGUGAAAAUGAUGGUCGUGUCAUUUGCAAGUAUUUGGGUUUCCCUGAUGUUGCUGCAACAUACCGUAGAGCUCGAUUUGGGCAGGGAACUGGUCCAAUAGUAAUGGAUGACCUACGUUGUGCUGGUAAUGAGUAUAGUCCUUUUGCAUGUCCUAUGAGGACUAUUGGUACUCAUAACUGUCGUCAUCAUGAAGAUGCUAGUGUAAUGUGCAAGAAAAAUGUUCGUCUUGUUGAUGGUAGAAAUACUAGCAGCUAUGCUGUUGGUCGCUUGGAAGUGUAUGCUGAAGGUCAUUGGGGAACCGUCUGUGACGAUUUAUUUGACAUAAAUGAUGCACAUGUUGUUUGUCGUCAACUAGGAUACAGGACAGCUAGUCAUGUCUACCCUUGUGCUCGCUAUGGACGAGGUACUCUUCCAAUAUUGAUGGAUGAUGUGCAGUGUACUGGUGGAGAGGCACAGAUCACUCAUUGUCCCAGUACUCCUAUUGGUGAACACAACUGUCAACACUAUGAAGAUGUUAGUGUUCGCUGUGUUAAUUGAAUUGAACACUGAUAAUGAACAUUAUCAAGAACAGACAUAUUAGAUUUUGUAGUUGUUGAACUGUUGUAGCAAUAGACUUUAGUUCAUUAUGUAGUUGAUUUUGAUAUUUUAGUCAUCAGUUGAUAUUUCAAUAAUGUCA